AUGCUGACUGCCUCUUUGGCACCAACUUCUAACGUCCCUUUAAUUAGUGAAAACGGACAUCUACGUUCACGAUCAACGUCUCAGCAUUUUCAAGGAGAUCGUACUAGAAGUGGUUGUCGACAACCUGGAAUAUCGACUCCAAGUGUAGAUACGUUAUCCGACUCAUUAAGUCUUGCAACAACCGCGACUGAGGGAACAAUUGGAGAAGUCUGGGAACGAAAACAAUACCCCGACAUGCCCUUAGGAUGUGCUAUAAUAAAAAAUCAGCCACCUUCCUUUUUAAAUCUCUCUAACCGUGUUCAAGAACAGUCUUCAGAAAAAGACCUGUAUGAGUUUUUGAAAGACGCUGAAUUAGAACAUUACUACACUGUUCUCACACGUCAUUUAAAGAUUCGAUCAGUUCAACAAAUCAAAUAUGUUGAAGACUCUGAUCUUGCAGAAAUGGGGUUCAGUCGACCAGAACAAAGACGCUUACGUAAGCAUUUCAAGCGGGAAUGCCCACAAACAGCAAUGGGAAAACUACGAAAGCGAUUGGCUCGUUCAACUAGUGGUCGAUGCUCUUCACCACGAUUUAAAGAUACAUUGGAUGGAUUAUCAUCGCGUAAUGUAAAUGUUCUAUCAAUUUCACUUGACAGUACACCAACAUCUGAAGAUGGUGAUUCAAAAAGACGUACUCUAUUGUUUACACAAGGUUCUAAGUCUGAGGAUCUUAAUAAGUGUUUAACAGAUGAUUUAAGCAGUUUAACUAUCGAUGGAGGUACUAACUAUCGAAUUAUUCGAUCAAGUGAACUUGAAAUAGGCAGUAGUCUUGGAGAAGGAGAGUUUGGAAAGGUUUUUCAGGGUGUAUGGCAUACAGAUGCAAGACGUGUUGUCCAAGUUGCUAUCAAGAUAAUGGAUAUUAAACAGAUCGGUGAUGAGACAUGCGAUUUCUUGAAUGAAAUUGCCACAAUGCAUCGAUUAAAUCAUCCAGAUAUUGUACGUCUCCUUGGAGUGUGUAUUGAAGUGAAUACAAUUAAGAUUGUUACUGAACUUGCACCACUUCGAUCUUUACUGGAAUGUCUUCGUGAAACAGAGUUGAGAUCAAGUUUCUCCGUGCCUGUAUUACAUAAAUUUUCAAUACAAAUUGCACGUGGAAUGAGUUAUUUAGAAGAGUGUGGUCUUGUACAUCGUGAUCUAGCUGCUAGAAAUAUUCUAGUAUUUUCUAAAGAUUCUGUGAAAAUCAGUGAUUUCGGCAUGAGUCGUGCUCUUCAACUUGGCAAAUCGUAUUAUCAAUCAAAUUUCAAUGUCAACCUUAAACUGCCUAUCGCCUGGUGUGCACCAGAGUGUAUACAUGAUUUACUAUUCACAACAGCUUCAGAUAUGUGGGCGUAUGGGAUUACACUAUGGGAGAUAUUCACCUAUGGAUUUACACCAUGGGCUGGUCUUACUGGACGACAGAUAUUAGAGAUGAUUGAUGCUCCGAAAUUCGGUCGAUUAGAUCAGCCAGAUACAUGUCCAGAUCCAAUUUAUGAUGCUGUAAUGAGAGCAUGUUGGGCGCAUGAACCAAAAGCUAGACCAACUUUUAAUCAACUAUUAGGUAUGCUUCCACGUCUUAGUCCUGAAGUUUGGAUAACUACAAGUGAAUAUCGUCCAGAUUCAGAUCCUAAUAUGGAUACAAUUAGUACAAGUGAAGAAUUUCCAUAUAAUCCUGGAUUUCGUCCGCAUGGAACACGAUCACUAGGUCGGCCAUUGUUUAUUCGAGCAAAUGAAACAGUUUGUGUACUCGGUAAACGAAGUAGUACAACAUGGAAAGUAGUCAAUUUACGUACUGGUCUUGUUGGUUGUAUUCCAUCGAGUAUUUUAAAACCGUAUACAGGCGAAAAAGAUUCAUCAUUUCGUGAUCAAACAUCAGCUAUAAAUAACAAUAAUAACAAUAAUAAUACUUCUGGAAAUUCAAAUACCCUGGGACUAGUAGCCAAAACUCGUCUGCGCAUGAGUAGAAGAGAAACAGUAUCUCGAUUCAGUAAACUCAGUGUUAUCAUUCCUUCUGAUGGAAUGAAUAAUAAUAAUAAUAAUAAUAAUACCUCACGUUCACGUGGAAAAAUUACAGCCGAUCAAAUCAGUCUACCACAGAAUGAUUUUCGGCAUAUUGGUCAUGUUGGUUCAGAUGGUCGGACAUUUGGUGAACUUGGUCUAGUGGGCAAAAUAAUCGAUUCAAAAGAUGACCUGUCUGAUACUCAAUCAUUUUAUGAUUUGGAUGUGUCUGAAGAGAAAUUCAAAGGCAAUUCAAAGUCUAGCAACAAAGCAAGUACUUUACAGAUUAAUCCUGCUUAUAAUAAUAAAAACCAUCCAGAGGUGAUUAAAACAAUUCCAUUGGAGACAGAAUCAUUAUCAGUAAAAGAUUUGAGCAGUAUACAACAGCAACAACACAAAGCACAAUUACAACCACAGAAUCAAGGUCAAAAGGUUAAGACGCUGGAAUCACCAAAAAAGCUGUUCACAACAAAUAAAAAUUACUUCACAAAAUCAUCACAAAUUGGAAAAGGCUCACAUAAUAAUAUUCAGUUACAACAACAACAACAACAGCAGCAGCAGCAACAAGAAAAAGAGAAACCUCAGACUACUGAUGACAACGAUGAAACGGAUAAAUUGUUUGAAGACAUUAAAUUUGAUAUAAUUUCAGAGUCAAAUGUAAGUAGCACCGAUAAUUUUCGUUGUUGUUUGUCAUCAUCAUCAUCAUAUUUAUUAUUACGAUUAUUUUCUCUGCUUCGUUAUUUCUCCUGA